AUGUCGGCCAAGAUCGAGAAGACGAUAGCGCGCCAGCAGGAAAAGAUCGCCGAGGGCCAGUUCUACGAGGCGCAUCAGCAGCUGCGCGUCAUCGCCUCGCGCUACGUCAAGCAGUCGAACUGGGAUGCCGCGAUCAACAUCCUCUCUUCGGGCGCGGGCCUGCUUCUGCAGGCCGGCCAGGGCGGCAGCGGCGGCGACCUCUGCCUCUUCUUGCUCGAGGUGUACCAUAAGGCCGAGACGAAGCCCGAUGCGGCGAGCAAGGCGAAACUGCUGAGCUUGUUGAGGAGCUUCCCGCAGGACGAGCCCACCAAGAAGCGCUUUAUCGCGGAAAUGAUUGGGUGGUCUGCAAAGUACGGCGAGUUCCCGGCGGGUGAUCCGGAGCUGCAUCAUGUCGCGGGAACGAUAUGCGCAGACGAUGGUGAAGCCUACGAGGCGGAACGACACUUCGUUUACGGCACGCGCGACUCUCCCGAACACCUUGUCAAGCUUGAAUACGAAUGGUACACUGAAGAUUCCGCGCAUACCGCUCCUCUCUACGCCGCCCGCGCCAUCCUUCCAUACCUCCUCGCCGGAAACGUCCGCGCCGCAAACCAAUGCCUGCUCCUCUUCACCACGCGCCUGUCGCAGUCCAACACUUCUUUGGGUAUGCAAGAAGUCAGCAGCUCGAGCUCUGACAUCCGUGUCUACCCCUCGCUUCCUCUGCUCAACUUCCUCGGUCUGUUGCUCCUUGCCGUAACGAAGGGAAGUCCAGAUCUGUUCAGAAUGCUCAAGAGCCACUACAAGUCAAACUUGGACGACGUCCCCGGCUGGAGCGACGCGCUCAAUCAGAUUGGCGAGAUGUACUUUGGCAUCAAGAUUCCGAGCCAAAGCAACCCGCUUAUGGAUAUGAUGGGCAUGUUCAUGGGCGGCGGCGGUGGAGGAGGCAACAAGCCUUCUCGCAGGGUGGAGGCGCCAGCGCCGCCGCCGGCAUUGGAUUAG